AUGGCUGCUUUUCAGAAUCUUGUUCGAUUUGCCGUCGGAGACCGCGCACACUAUAGAGGACUCAUUGAGGCCGUCGAUGGGAAAUAUAAGGUGCAGCGAUUCGAUGGAACUCCGUUCGACGGAGUGGUGAAAACAAAUGAGGAGCAUGAAGUUGAGACUCUACUAUCCCCAAUCGAAAGCACCCCGAAUGUGAUAUACAUUGGAUUAAACUACAAGGCGCAUGCCCAGGAAUCCAAGCUCCCGGUACCGACCUAUCCUCCCGUCUUCACCAAGCCAGCGGAUGCCCUCGCCAGCCCUUUCGAGAAGAUUGAAAUUCACCCGGACGCGCAGCCGCUGCUCGACUACGAGGGCGAGUUGACUGUGGUCAUCGGCAAAGAUGCCAAAAACGUGACGGAGGAGGAAGCGUUAGAUUAUGUGCUGGGGUACACAGCCGGAAACGGUCACUCGCCUAGGGAUAUCUCCACGCUAUCUGUACGAACUUCAGCGGCGCAAGAUCAGUCCACGAGAGAUCGCGAAUCUAGGUUCUCUGCAGCUGGUGAUAAGCACUGGAAUGGUUUUGCCCGACUCCCUUUUUGA